UGUUUACAUGUACAUUUAUUAUAUACAAAGCCUAAAAUGCAUUUGGAUAAAGCGCUUUAGACUAAAUGAGAAUUCAGCAUGGACGGUUAUUCCUAAUGAAGCCACUUCACACUUGGGAGGUUUUUCCUUCCUCUCUAAGUGCUACUGCAGCAGCAAAGAUAUCAGCAUUACGGAGUUACCACUCUUUUAUAUAAGAAUCUAUAAGAACACUGCAAUACUGGUUUGAGUUUAAGGAUACGCAAGAUAAUACUAAGCCAGGGAUAAAAAACACGAUCAUAUGUGACCCUCCACAGGAUUUCAAUGCUAAAGGUGAAAGCACGCGCACGACACGCUUUCACUUUAAAACAAAAGAAUUUAUUUUAAGACGCUUUAGCACGCUUGCAAUCUUGCCUCAUCAGCAAUUUCUUUUGUUUCAGAGGACACGCUUGAGACAAUUAAGCGUGAGCAAGUCGAAAAAAAGAGCGUCUUAAAGUUUUCAAACAAAAGCUCCGUGCGAAAACGCCAACACGCUUUCAGUGUGCGCAAAAGCACGCAAGGCGUGUUAUCUAUAAGCUAAGUAAAUUUCCUCUACAAAAAGGAACCGUAAAUGAAAAAAGAAAAAGUUAUACCUCAGUGAUCGCAGCGAUAGUAUCUGAUUGAAAAAACGUUGUCGCUUGAAAAGUAUAAACAGUGAACGGUGUGACCUACUGGAUUUAUGGGUAGAACUAUAUUAGCAUUGCAAAAUCAAAGUUCUUUCCAGAAAUGUUUACUGACGAAGCUGUGCAAAGGUUAUCUUAACUUUCCUUAAGACACUUUCUUGCCGAUCGCAGCAAUCGCGGUCAAAUAUAAUAGAAAUCAUCAAGUGCCAGGAUCGCUAAAUUGUAUUUAUUUUUUAGCGAUUUCAAGAAUCGUAGUGAUCAAAUGAAAACCAGCCUGCUUUUCUAGAUGUACUAAAAUUCCAAAACGUUCCAGCCGACAAUAACACAAAAAGCGAAACCGGUAUUUAAGCAAUGUAUGCAAAUUUGUUCUUCUUGAAAUACGUAUUACGCAUCGCGUAUGCUUCAGCCUUAUUGUCCAAAUUCCGUAAUCAUCCUGUUGUCUUUCUUGUAAUUGCCGUCUGUUUUACAACCAUCUAAACAAACAUUCGCGUAUGAAGUUACGGCGACCGAUUUAGCGCCAUCAGCCGGUAUUACGCCCUACAAUUAUUUAAGUGUCUUAAAUAGUCUGCUACACGGCCGUUUUAGAAGCUCCUUCCACUGAAAACGGCUGUGUAGCAGACUAUUAUUUAAGCGGCUCGAAAAUAAUUCUUUUAUGUCGCGCUAGUUUACUGCGUCUUUUAAAUGCCUUAGCAUAGCGUAACGAGAUAUCUUCACAUAAAUUAUGAUUGAUAGCGCUUCGUUCGUCAGGGGCACCUGACGGCGAUUUCCUCCUAAAUGCAUCCUAGCAUCCUAGGACAACUUCAGUCUUUUCGAAAUUACAAGGGCUUCAGCACUAUUUUCCCGAAAAAUUUAGCUUCCAAUUGAAAGUUUUAGGAAAGUGAGAAUUUUAUCGUAUUUUCGGUUCCGAAAAUUUUAGGAUUCCUUAAUUCUUUACGAAAAAUAGCUUAACUGGGGAAUGAAAUGGAAAAAAUUAAACUUCAGAAAAUUGUAAGGAAUUUAUUAGAUAACCUUCGAAAAUUGCGACAUACAUGGAACGGUCAUCUAGAAAUGUUUAGCCCUCCUCAACCUAUAGAAAAUUCUAGGCAGUUUUUGUUUCUCCGACUUAAUUACCUUCGCUCGUCUCAGCAUGGCUUAAAGAAAUAUAUUAAACUAAUUUAUUCAACUUCAUUUCUCUGUUGAUUACUGCUAAUAAAUAUUCCGGUGCCAUAACUAUAAUUUUCAGGCGACAUAACUUCAGUGCCUCGCAUGCGAUAGCAGGCCUCUUUGCGAUUCCGGUCAACAGCCGACAGCCGGAGGAAUUGGUUUACACUGAUCUCGCGUUAAUUCUAGGCUAGACCACCAUUAAGUCGUGAUUUUCAAAUGGCCACGGUUACUAUCAAAAAUUCCAAAACAGUCUAAAUUGGUAUAUUUGAUUCACUUCGACCAGUUAUCAAUGCUGAUUAAAUCCGCUGAAAACCCAAGCCAUUUUUACCAUCUUAGCGGUUUUAGUAAUCAAGCGUGUUCAGCGUGUCUUACCCAAAUUGCACGCUAACCGUGCUAUAAUUCGCACACUUACCGUGACAUAUGGCACGCUACAAAAAAACAAAAGGUUUAGCGUGUUAAAUUUGCCAAAACAAAGGCAAGUGUGUCCGUCUUUGUUUUUUCAAUUUAAUAUGCGCAUAUCCGCCGCUACGGCACGCUAAGCGUGUCGUGCAAGCGUGUAGUGCGCGAAUUUAAAACCCGCUACCAAAUAAAAACAAUUUUUUUGACUUAUUACGGAGUAAUAAACGCUAUUCCAAAUGAAUAUAAAAAAUCUAUGAAUUAAACGAACGUGCAACAAAAACAACCUCCACAGCAAAGUCAGUGCUUGAAAGCACUAACAACCAAGGCUAUACGUAAGAGUUUUGUUAAUCACAUAUUUGAGGUACCUACAGCCACGCAACGCCUUUUUGACAAUGGGUUACCACCAGACCACAUAAACUUUUACUUUAACUUAGCUUUUUCUAUCACGAAAGAAACAAAGCUAAUUGUGUUCCAAUACAAGAUUUUACACGACGUAGUUUUCACUGAGGAAAAAUUGUUCAGAUCUAAUAUCGCCAAAAGCGAUCUCUGUUAUCUUUGCUUGGAAACAAAACAAGAUCUGAAACACAUGCUAGUCUCGUGUCAAUUCGUCUCAGAGUUCUGGGAAGCUUUUCUGUACUGGUACGAGUCUCACGUUUCAAUAGGGCUAGAACUAUCAACCAUCAAUAUCUUGUAUGGCUUUUUAUUGGUAACAUCCCCCUCAAUAAGUUAACUAAUCAUCUCUUACUACUUGCGAAAUAUCAUAUCUACUGCUGCAUUAUCACAGAAGAGCCUUUGUUAUUUAGUGUUUAUUCAACUAUAAGGGUAAACAAAGCCGUGAUAGAAAAACAAAUUGCAGUAAGCGUUAACUCACCUAAAUAUUAUUAUGAUAAAUAGAAACCUUUAAUUGAGAAGAAGUUUGUUCGCUAGCUAUAUUUAAUUCAGCUAGUAAGGUUAAUUUACUCAACAUUAGACUCGCAUUUUAUUGUACUUUUGUAGCAAGACUGUAAUACAAUGUACUGCAAUUUAUUGUAAAGUAUCGUAAUUUUUUUUAUGUUUGUGUAAGUGUUGACAGAGAUUGAAAUAAGAAAUUUUAAAAAAAUGUACAUUUAUUUGACUGGGAAGCAAAACUAUCUUUGAUAUAUCUUCGAAGUGGUCGAUUACAGGAGGUGGUCGCUAUGAGAGUGUUGACUGUAUUCCCACUAAAAAAUAUAUAUCAUACGUUUUGUAAUCGGCCUAUAUUCCCUGUUUUCCGAUUUGGCGUUUCAAAGCCAACGUGAAUGGUUUGUUUGGUCACAUUAGUGGCCACUUCAUUUCGAUUUUACAUAAAUAGUUCUGAAUUAAACGUGUUACUUUAGGCAGCUGUUUUAUGGUUGAAGUGUUGUAUUUGUUGUGUUGGCAGACUCUUGUUGUAAUGACUUAUUGCAGCAAAGACGUUACCUGCAUUUGCUAAGUCGCUGUAUUCUCGACAAUCGACGACCUAGGAAAUGAUAUCUUUCAGUCAUUUUUGCUCAUAUUACGUCUUCUCGAAGCACUUUCACAAUCACACCUUUCGCAAUCGUGUCUCCUUUUGCGUGCUGCUCUUGCAACUCCCCCAAAUGGAGAGCUUGCUUGCAGCCUAUGUUUUGUUCAGUCAGUUUGUCGAUGUUAGUUACACAUGAGUAAUGCAUUUAAGUCUCAGUCUUAUUAGCAGUGGUUUGUCUGUAAAUGGUGUUUAGCAAUUAAUUUUUGUUUUGUUUUUAGAUAGCGCUGCUUUUCCCGGGUAACGAUGAUUUGGAAGUCAGAUAUAUAGGUCACAGGUGAGGCUUUUGUUUCAAAUGCAUGUUUUCCUAUUUCACAUACUCUCGUCCUUUGAAUUUUCUAAUCUGGUCCUGCCGGUAGAUUGUAUCACUGGUAAAUAGCCCUGAAGUGGAAUUGUUUUACAGCAUUCGGACUAUUCAGUUGGUAGUCUCCAGAAAUCCCGCUCUGCUUGGUUUGUCUAGAGGAAGAAAACUUACCAAGCACAUCUCACUACAUUUCCGGCUUAAAAGGCGUGUGCGAGAUAUAAUGUGGCGACUUCACAAUCCCUCUUAACUGUCAGGUUCUAUUCGUUCAGGUAUUCGAUUCUGUUUACUCUUUGCGUAGGCUGGCGAAGUUUCCCGUAUAAUCUGUAUUAGUAUAUACACACUCAGUGAUCUUGGUGAUUUACGCAAUCUGAUUAGUUCACUAUCUCGGACUAUUCAACAAUAUUCACCUCCUAGGGAGUGGAUAAUGUGUGAGCUCGGUGGUUUUCUCAGUUUUUUAAAGAACGAUCUCUUAAAAGUCGACAAAAUCGUAGGGUUGACUAGAAAGACGUUGAAGGAUUCAAAACGGUGUCUUUCCAGUUACUGUAGCUGAGUGCCCGAUAGACUGUUUACAACUCCCAUUUAUUCGCGUAGAAGAAGCCGUUUCGUGAACUCAGCUUGCGUUUCCUAAAAGAAAAUUUUGCCCAGAAAUUGAAGUUUAUUUAUGACAAAGAUUUUUGAAAGCAAACGUUUGCAAAAAUUAUACGUUUCAAGUAAACAGGAAAAAAAAAAUGGUACAGGAAGACGACGUCUUACCUCCAGCAACCGAGCCGCUAUUUUUGUCAGCACUUCAUGCGAAGAACGACAGAACAAACCCUUUUGGCUAUAAACUUGGCGAGUCAACAGAAACUAACAAAGCUCUACUUUUCUGCUCAAGUAAGGACACAAUUCAAACUUUUAACGGUUCCAUUUAAUCCAUUACGCUGUGGUCUGCGAAGUGAUAGACUUGUGUUCAUUCUAUUUUUAAACUUUCGCGUGCUUUGACCAAUCAAUGAAAUUGACUUUUUAAUGGUUUCCUCUCUGAUUUUGUUAAGAUCACUUCGUGUGUAUACAAUAAAACAAUUAUUCUUUUCAAUCUUGAUCAUAGUGGCUCUAGGAAUAUUUAACUAACCAAAACAAACGUCAACAAAAACUUCGCUAGACAAGACAAAACUGGAACAAUACUUGAGCCUGGGAAAAAAAUUAUCUGUUUCUCACUCCCAGCCCCUUCACGCCUCGGUAAUAAACAACCACCACUCACUUCGAUUUCAAAGGUAAUUGUUAAAUGUACUCCAAGCUUUACCUUUUUAAGCCCUUUGGAGAAAGCCAAUCACAUGUUGCAAAACCGCCAUGCUUGAGUGCAAGAAACAUACUGGGUCAAGAAAAACAAAGAAAUUGACCAUUUUAAACGAUGUAAGCCUUUUGUUUGUCUUGUCUCAGUGCUUCCCUCACUCUAAAGCAUGGCGAUUUUGUACCACAUCAAUGACUAGCUGCAAAGAGGCUUUUGACACGCGUCUGUAAUGUUUGUGGUAAACAUCAUAGUACCUAAAUCCUCACCUAAAAGUAGUUGUUCUGUAUUUUUAAUCCUCAAUGUAUUUUAUGCGGCAAAGAUCCUACUUAGUUGAUAUAAAGACAAGUAUACAGACAAUAACAAAAAGGGUAGUGUAGGAGCUGCUCGUAAGGUCUCUCCUGAUUGGUAGCAGGAAACAAUUACAUUUCAUUCUUUCAAUUGUUUUAGUAUUGUUUGGGGUCAGGGCUAGGCACCAUUGGUAACCUCUCUUCCAAACAGCUGCUACAUGACCCGACAAAAAAAUAACAUUAAGAUUGACAUAAUGCCACAUAAAAUAACAUAUUGUGGCGUCACAGGCACACCACACGAGAAAAAAAAAUCAUCUCAUUGUCUUUGUACUUGCAGUUGUGGAAGUUUGAUUGUCGAACUGGCCCUUGGAUUCGCAUCACUUGUAUCAGAAGUUUCGGUAGUGAACACGCUUCGAACGGCUGACACAAAUAACAAUUUUGGAGAAUUCGCUGUCAAUGCUUCGUCCAUACAAGGGAUUGCUGUAAUUGAAAGUCCGUCCACGCCUCCUACAGGAAAAAUUACGGCAAGACCCUCUGAUGGUAUGGUUUAAUUAAAUAUGUAUAGUUUUCUCCAUGGUUUUUCAGUUAUCAAAUCGUGAUUGAGAGUGUGUUAAAUGAUAAUGCGACUAGGCGCUUUGUCCAGCUUUGUAGUGGUUUCAAAUGUACUCAAAUGCUAUGUAGCCGAGAUUGUUUGCUUCUCUACUUUAAAAGGGUUAACCGUGAAUUUGUGAAUAAAAAUGUUUUUCGCUCUUUUCCUUCCAAAUCAUGUCCAGUGAGAUACAAAUCACGUCAAAGAGAAAGUAAAAUCAACUAUAAUUACAUUUGAUUCUUAAGUCGCGCACAAGCCGAUUAAUGAAAUGGAUUUAUAAAAAGAGCUACGAAUUGCUCUCUCUGAAAAGAAAACAACAACUUAAUAACAGCCUUCAAACCUCUAAUCUGAAAUUUAUGUCAUGUUAGGCCCCUUUCAAACAUGCAAUUUCUUAUGAGUGCCGAACACCUAUUUUAGUCGAUGAAAGUAGUUAAAAACGGCAGUUGAUUUAGACGUCGGAUAUGAUGGAGCCGAGUUUAUCUCCGUUUGUUGCAAAUAUUCCCAGUCUCGAGAAAAAUUUUUUUAGUCAAUAUGGAUAAGGGUUUCUAUAAUUAAUGCAUUAUAUUCAGCACAUCUGAAAUGCCGCUUCUAAAUCAAAUGUCGAACCUAAGUCAAAUGUUCGACUGUUUCAGUCGCAGAUUCGAUAAAGUCGUAUUUAAUUUGAAACUGUCGAAUUUAGUUGAUUCAGACGUCCCAUCUCAAAGCAGUUACCCCUCGAAUUAAAUAAUGCACAGAUGAAAAUCGAAUAUUGAGCUGAGUAAUGAUAGAUACGCUAUGAUACAUACCGCAUUUUUUUAAAUUCCUGUAAAAUUUGCUUUCAAUUUACCACAUUAUGUUACUAGCUUAAGAGCCCAUGACUGUAAAUAUCGAGAAUCGCUGGCCAGGCUAAAAAAGAUCGAAAAUUCUGAUAAUUUGUCAGAAAAACCCCUUUGGAGAACUGUCUUCGAAAAAAAUAAUUUUAACUUUCAAGAAUCUAUAGUUUUCGAUAAAAUGAGAAAAAACGAAAAUAGCGGUUUUUACCUAAUUAAUUAUGCUAAAAUUAGAGUAAAAAUGACCUACUUUAUCGCGUCUGUACCGAGACAAGAUUCAAAGCUAUAAAACAGAAAUAUUUUUGUUUAAAAGAAUUCUAUCUUUUCUUUUUAUCCAUGGUAUGUUUUAAACCAUAAACUUAAUUUUGAAUUUUUUAUGGUUUUUUAAAAACUACCAUCAAUAGCACUUUUUAAAAUAGCUUAAAAAAUGAGCAACUUCAGAGGCAAAAAAUUUAUCUUGGUAAAAAUUUAUCUUGGUAAAAAUGACCUACUUUAUCGCGUCUGUACCGAGACAAGAUUCAAAGCUAUAAAACAGAAAUAUUUUUGUUUAAAAGAAUUCUAUCUUUUCUUUUUAUCCAUGGUAUGUUUUAAACCAUAAACUUAAUUUUGAAUUUUUUAUGCUUUUUUAAAAACUACCAUCAAUAGCACUUUUUAAAAUAGCUUAAAAAAUGAGCAACUUCAGAGGCAAAAAAUUUAUCUUGGUAUGUGUGAUACCUAGCCAAAAUGUAUAUUAGGACAAAGUUCAGCUCUUAUUUUAACAGAAUAUGAAAUAAAAACUCUGGGUACUUCGGAUUCGCCUUUACAAAAUAAAAAGUUUCGUGACCACCAAUGGAAAAAUGUCACAAAUUUGCGUAAGUCACAUUUUGAGAGAAAUGAUGCCGCCUGAUUUAUCUUUGUAGUUUCAGUACGAGCUAUAAUCGAAACGUAGGGGGAAGGAUGAAAGCGUCUUUAAAUGAAACUAAAAUUAAGUAAAGGAUCUGAAAAAUUGAUAUCCCUGAUAACAAAUUGCUGUGAAGGUUGGUGACACAAUGUGGCAAAUUUGCAUAUAAAUGCACCUGCAUAUUCCUUUCGUACACAAGGAUGGGUUUCAAUACUGUUAGCAUCACGCAAUAUUUGAGGCUUGAAAUAGCAUAACCAAGAGAAUAGCUAAUGUUAAAUGUUUCGUAAUUUGUACGUUAGCUCUUCUUAAUUGUAGAUUAUAAAAUUAAGGUUGCUCAGCAAGUGUUGUUGGGUGUUGGAAUACUGUAUUCUGCAAUUGCGCGGACCGUUGUCAAACUCCGCACAGUCAGACUUUAUUUUUACCGGUACGAUAAAAAAAUGUGAGCUUAUGAAUUUUGUAAAGAAAUAUUAUUCAUGUCAUUUCACCUUUACUUUAUUCACCUGAAUGAAUUUCGCGGUCGUACAUCUUUCGUGGAGUGGGUACAUGCUUUUAUGGUACCGAUCUUAGGGAUUUGCCACUAAUAACACUAUACAUCAGACCCUAUAAGUUUUCAAUCAAUAAAAAUCCGAAAUAGUUAAUUUUCUCAUUAGUUUUUCAAAGUUAUAUUUUGGUGAAAUUGCCACGUCUCGCAUAUUAAAAAUAACAAUCAAGUAAAGACAAGAUUAAAGUAAUCAUUGCGCCCUUUUCUCUCUUUUCUGAAAUUCUUCUACCUCCUCUUUCUGCCUCUUCACUGUUCGUGCGUUCAACACUAUUAAGUCCAGACACAAUUUCGAACACCCAAAGAUGGUCAAAGAUCGCCAAGUGUACCGACCCGUAAUUGUGUCAUUGAUUAGUUGAAACCUUCAUUGAACGGACGGUGACGGAUCCUUGCAAUUGUCCUCAAUAGAAAAAGUAAAUCAGAUGGAGGGGGUAGUGCCGACACUGCGGUCGCUUUGGUGUUGUUUUUUUUUUUAACCAUGAAUAUCCUUCAUGAACUCAUUUAGCUUUCCACGUAUUCACCAAGGUUAUAAACUGAUCAAAAUCAACAAGGAUGGAUUUUUCCUUUGGUACCUUAUUUAGCAAAUUUUCACCUAUCUUCAUGUAUCUUGAGGGAGUUACACACACAAAAAAGCAACAUUUGGGGUAAAAAAAUCUGCUUCCAAUUUUUCUAUUCACCUUCUAUUCUCUACAGAUUAAUCAAAUGUCUCUUUCCUGAAAAGAUAGCCAGCCAAAAUUCCUUGCUAAACAAAGACAGUGGGAAGACGAUCAAGUGACGGAGCAACAGAAGAAGAAAGGCAAGGGGAGCGGGAGAGAAAGAUCGAUAUAGGUUCGAAAGAGAUGUCCAAAUUUUGGCUUCUGUGAAUGCGCCAAAAAAGCUUCUAAAUUAGUGUACGUCUAAUUGAGCAGUCUUGUGUUGCAAAUCUCUUUCUCAGCCAUUCCCAUAUCAAGCUAACUGGCUAGCCUGCAUAACAGGCGUGCGUUUUUCAGGCGAGCGAAGGCAAUUAAGCCCGAAGCCGGAGUGAAUGCAAGCGCGAAGCGAGUAAGGAGAGCCAUUAAGGGGUAUUUCUGGGGCGGAAUGCAAAAAAGCAAUGGUAUGUGGACAGGCCGUUGUUUUUUCUGCGUCUUCCCCGUCGCGCUUGUCUGGCGCUUCUCACUCACUUCGCGCUUGCCUUCGCUCUCCAGUAAAAACGCGAAAAAAAUUUUAUAACGCCUGUUAUGCAGGCUACUAACUGGUUGAAAGCCGGUCCAAAACGGAGGAUUUGGUCAAAAAAACAAUGGUAUAACUUGAGGAAAAAUGACACACAGGACCUUGUUCCAAAUUUUAGAAGAACUGAUGGUUUUAAAUAUAGUUUUUUUAACCGUAUUGUAAAUGAAUGGAGUGGUUUACCCAAUCAUAUUAGAGAAUCAAACAGUAUUGCAACUUUUAAAAAAAAUGCUUUAAGUUUUAUUAAGGAUAACUAGAACAUUUAUAUUUCUAUUUGUAUAUAUUUUUCUGAACAAGAAGUGAUUUUGAAAAGCAUUUAACUAUAAAAAAUUGCGAUAAAACAUUUCUUAAAAUCAUUUUAAGAUUAAAAAAUUGCUAAAAAGCGACGACGUUUCGACGUUAGCUGAACGUCAUUAUCAAGUCCAAAUAAGUUAGUGAUUUUUGGUCUAUAAAUACUAAAAAAAAACAACAAUAGCUGAUUGAAAAAUUGUAACGUGAGAAAAUAUUAAACAAAAAAAAAACAAAAACAAAAAACAAAAACAAAAACGAAACUUUUUGUUUAAUAUUUUCUCACGUUACAAUUUUUCAAUCAGCUAUUGUUGUUUUUUUUAGUAUUUAUAGACCAAAAAUCACUAACUUAUUUGGACUUGAUAAUGACGUUCAGCUAACGUCGAAACGUCGUCGCUUUUUAGCAAUUUUUUAAUCUUAAAAUGAUUUUAAGAAAUGUUUUAUCGCAAUUUUUUAUAGUUAUAUAUUUUUCUUAUCUUUUAAUUAGUGGGGGCAUCCCUAGUAUGGCGCAUUGGCGCUUUUGGUUGUCUCCUUCUCCUUAUUAUUAUUAUUUUAUUUAUUAUUACUUUUUUAUGGUAGUGUUAGCUUAUUUGCUUGUAAUGUAGUGGAGUGAAUCUGUAAUGAAUAAAUGAAUAAAUAAAUGAAAAGGAGGGGUUUCUUCUACUAAAAAUGGUCGUCAAAAAAGAGUUAAAGGGGCUAUGCCAAGCUAAUUGCUAGUUCAUUUUAAAAAGCUAAUAUGGUCUUCAUUUCGUAUCAAUUUAGUUCCAAAGAUUAUGGUCCAGUUUCAUUACGUAAGACUAUAUUUAGGCACUGAAACUGUUUUCUGUUGCGUUCUGUUGCUACUGAUGGCCUGGAUGGACAUAGUCUGAAAAUUGGAAAAAUUGGGCCAUCUUUUUCAAGCUUAAAUGCAUCACCCAAAAAGAUAUUUUUGGCUAGUGCUCCCUGAUGAAUGAUAUCUUCUUCAUACCCUACAUGUAACUCUACACUGAACAUUUUUGGACAGGGUAAAGGCAGUAAGUAAUGACUUUAGCACAGAAUCAACCUAAAACAGCAGAUAUACUAAUUUAGGGUCUUCUUGACAAGAACUGUCACAGGCAGCCCAGAACCCCCGCUUCACACAUUGACAAUCUGUAACCAGCUGUUGUCAUGUUUCGUUCCCACGGAUAUAUAACAUUACAUACCGUCCAAACUUAAGGACACUGUAAUUAGAGGGCUUGCUGCUAAGAGGGAAGUAUCUGAAUAAUGGAUUUUUUUUCCUGGUAUCACAAAUUGCUAGAGCUAAAACUUUCAUGGUCAAAAUUCCAAACCAAGGAGAAAAAUGUUUUCCCUUAAUUUUUUUGGUGACGGCACAUGUUAUUCAGCAGUUAAAUAGCCUGCACCCCCCCGCAUAUGCCAUAGCUACACAUCAAUUUAAGAGCAGUUUUAUCGCAUAACUCUUCUUUCCCUUUGUCUGAAGUUCUUUCCUUCUUUACUUUGGGAAACGGUUAGGCGUAAAUAAAACCGCCGAUGCCACUUACUUACCUCGCUAUGUUAUUUAGCUUCUUGGUCGCUAUCAACUACCCUGCGAGCAGAGGCCCUUCGAUCUUCCUAGAUAAGUCGGGAAGAGGAAGAAAAGGGUAGCUAUCAACCGUUCCGGUGUAAAGGCACGAGCUGGGACAUUGCGGGUACUGACGUUAAUACUCCUGACCAAAAGGCAGGUAUUUCUUUAAACAAAACUCGGGUCUGCUGUAAACUGAAAAACGUAGUCAAGUUGCGCUUUACUCUGCGUCGCCUUACUGCCCGGUUAGUAAAUGGUACUUACGUCGAUAUAAAUUCGUUGCCGCAUGCUGCGAUAGGCCAGGGGCGUCAAGGAUGACCUUUCUGAUGCUUCUCUUUUCAAGAUGAUGCCACGAUUUGCAAGCACUUGACAUGGGUGGCAGUUGGUUAGAGUAGCUCAAAAGCGAUGAACAAGGAGUCUGAAAGGUGAUUUACUCUGUUGGAGUACAGUUGAACCUCCAUGUGCGACCACCUAUCCAAAACACCAAAACCCACCCAGUGAAGUCUUACGGUUGGAAUCUCUGCUGUAAGCUCCCGCGACCACUAAUUGGGGCUGACUGUGUAAUGAUUUUGUAUUUUUUUAACCUCUUGUAAGCGACCACCUGACGAGUUUAGUCUGAUCUCUUGUGGUAGGAACAACAGCAACAUGGAACUGCACAUUUCGUGACUUGGGAAUUGGAUGCAAUAAAUUAUCUUCCUUAAAGUAGAUGUGUCCAGUUUUCUUCUCAAAGAAACCUCCUGUGGUUCGAUUCUCGUAAGAGACCACCCCCCCGUUAGCGACCACUAAGUCUGCGCAUUUUGGGUGAUUGCUUUCAGGAGGUUCUACUGUACUCUCCUUUUCCAGUUCUUCGGCGGCGUCGGUUGGAACUUGUUUUGGUUCAUGGGUUUCGCGUAUAGAUUUACACACUAAGGCGCUGCCAUAUUAUAUUUUGAAAUCAACAAAUACCAUUUUGUAUUUGAAGGAAAACGCCCCUUGGCAGGUGGUACAACUCCGCGAUGACCUAAAAGGGACAGUUUUUUGCGGGAAAGAUGUUUGGACUCGUUUUGGAUGAGAGAAACCGCUGGACCGUAAGAACUACGAUCACUUAGCUGUUUUCUAGGGCCUUUGGUAGCUGCCUAAUUAUACCUCUAUUUGUGAAAAAGUAAAGAAAUUAACCAAGGGACGGUUUGUUGUUUGUAAUACGUAGUAAAAAAAGCUCAGAUUUCAAAAUCUCUGACAGGAAAAUGCUAACUUUUAGUGCGUGACUGACAGGCAUGCAAAGUUGGUAUCCCCUCUUUCUGAAAAGAAAAUAAACUACUGAGAAACAAUGAUGUUGCGAACAACGCAUUGUCUGUUCGAAACAAAGUUUCCAUAAAAUUUCAUAAGGAGAAAAAAAUCAGUAAAAGAAGGUGGAGCUGUUCGAGACGUCGUUUAUUACUAUUAUUUUUUGUGAACGGUUAAUUACUCUGAUCUUUUAACAUAAACUUUAUCAAAAAACGUUUUCUUGCUUUGUGAUGUUUCCGAACAUUACAUACUGACCCUGAAUUGAAACAAAACCGGCUGCCGCAACAUUUCUCUACAAAUUUGAAUUAUGCAAAUUUGUGACAUUUUUCCACUGGUGGUCACGAAACUUUUUAUUUUGUAAAGGCGAAUCCGAAGUACCCAGAUUUUUUAUUUCUAAAUUCUGUUAAUAUAAGGGCUGAACUUUGUCCUAGUAUACAUUUUGGCUAGGUAUCACACAUACCAAGGAGAGUUUUUUUUGCCUCCGAAGUUGCUCAUUUUUCAGCCAUUGUAAAAAGUGCUAUUGAUGGUAGUUUUUAAAAAACCAUAAAAAAUUCAAAAUUAAGUUUAUGGUUUAAAAUAUACCAUGGAUAAAAAGAAAAGAUAGAAUUCUUUUAAACAAAAAUAUUUCUGUUUUAUAGCUUUGAAUCUUGCCUCGGUACAGACGCGAUAAAGUAGGUCAUUUUUACUCUAAUGUUUGCGUAAUUAGUUAGGUAAAAACCGCUAUUUUCGUCUUUCCUCAUUUCCUCGAAAACUAUAGAUUCUUGAAAGUUGAAAAUAUUUUUUUCCAACAUAGUUCCCCAAAGGAGUUUUUCUGACAAAUUAUCAGAAUUUUCGAUCUUUUUUAGCCUGGCCAGCGAUUCUCGUUAUUUACAGUCAUGGGCUCUUAAUAAUAUACACGAUUGGCUGAGAAAGGAGUGCAGUUCUUCAUUAACACGAGUGCAAACUUGUAACACGAGUGCAAAACUUGUAACAAGAAUGCAAAUUACAAAUGGUUUCUGAUUGGCUGAAAACACAAAAGAAACCACCAAGAACCAAUCAGAUUUAAUAGAGCUGUUUUACCAACAAAAUUCAAGAAAAUGGCCACGAUUUUCAGCAGACGACAACGGGAUUUAAUUUUGUACGCAAAACAACAAUAGAAAAGUUGACAAAAAUAUUCCAAAAACCCGAACACAGUAAAAAGUACGUCUUUCUGGCUAAAUGUAUUCAAGAUGCGUUGCUAAGAGAAAAAUGCUGUCAACAGAAUCGAGGAAAAUGAGCCAGAGAAACUAAAAAACAAGCUACUCGUAACAGACUACGCUAAGGUAAAAAAAUAAAGAACAAAAACGGUUGCAACCACACACGCAAACCAUGACAGCUACACUUUGCAGGCAUUGAAAUGAACAAGGGUAACAAAAGGGAUUUCAAGUCACUUACGUUAUUUGUUGGAGGAGAAAGGUGUCCGGUUGCUCUCUUUGAGUCUUUUGUGGAGCGAAGGCCUCUAUUAAAACAUCCUUGCGAUGGUCUGUUCUUUUCUACCUCAGUAGCAAACAAAACCGAAAAUUUAAACAUCUGGUCCAAACUAAACCAAUGGGCGAAAAUACAUAACUAGCAUAAUGAAAGUAUCCGUGGCUGGUACUAGCCUUAAAGAAAGUGAGAAAAAAGUUUACGAAUCAUAGUCCACGAAAAACAACAGUCAGGAAGCUGAAGAAAGCAAAGGUUGUAAGUUCAGAACAUAUCACCAAUGUCACAGGCCACAGAGGUAUAAAUUUCCUUAACGACUACGAUGAAGCCGACGAAGAAGAGCUACGAUAUCGACUCUUGCAGUAAGCCAAAUGAAAUCCCCAGCGCUGAGAAAAAGCAAAUAUUAAUAUAUUAAUACUGGCAGUUUCACAACAUCUGUGGCUCCACCCAUCGAUGGCAGCUUCGAAAGAAAACAAAUAAACGCCUUCAUUUUCGGGUUUUAAAUCUCAUAAAUUUCUCAAUGAAUCUAUCUUUGGCUGCUCGAAGUGUUCUCCUGAUUUCAAAAGGGCAGUAUACAGUAUGUUGCCUAGUAUCCGGACGGUACCAGUAUCCGGACACUUAAAACAAAAACUCAAUUUUUGAGGCGCCCUUUUCAGUUAUCGGUAAACGAAGUAUUUCGAAUGAAAGCUGAACAUUUCAGCUUUCAGAUGAAGGUUUUGGCGAGUUGGAAGCUUGCGAAACAGUCGCAGAAGACGCCGUUCUGUUCAGGUCAAUAAACAUUUCAUGGUUAACAUUAAUACGCUGUUUACUGCGCAGUAAAAUUAGUGCUGCUCAGAAAAGGGUAGGUAAUAUGUGAUAUUUUCAAAGAAACGGUUUUACAUUCAAAGUGAAGAUACUUAAAGAAGUCAGAUUCUCAGAAAGUUUAUUUAUUCUUCUUGAAAUUCGAUUUGUUUGGAAUAACGGAGCCCAGAAACAUUCACUAAGUAUUGAUGUCAGGUACCCAGUAUCCGGACAGUUUUUUCUUUGCUGUACAGAAUCGAUACAGUGUAAAGAAUUGUUGAGAAAAACAGCAGAAACUUUCCAAUUUAUGACAAAAAAGGUACUUUAAAAACGAACUAAAACAUUCAAAACGCUUUGAUUACGUGACCGAUCCGAUGUCCCACUUUUGGUCAUGAAAAAAGUAUCAGGUAGAACAUUACUUUCCGGCAAAUUUUCUCUUCCGUGUGAUUAAAGCGACUGGUGACGUCAUCACCUUAUAUGUGACACGGGAAGAUAUUGUAUGGCAAAUGUUAUUUUGUUGUGGUCCGACAGUGUUCUACGUACAAAAUUGUCAAAGUUAUAAAGCUUUUUAAAAAAUUGCCUCAAAGGAUUCUGGGAGAUUUCUUAUGACAGUUAUAAUUUACUUUUAAUAUAUAGAUUUAGCCAGGGCUAAAAACGAAGCUCCCAUUAAUAAAUUCAUAAUUUAAAUCAAACAAUGAACUUGUAAUCCACAGAUCAAGGCACAUUCAUGUGACUUUUGAGGCUAAAGCUAAGUGAUUUUAGAGAAAAAUAAUUCGAGAUGCUGCUUCUGAAGGUCAUCAAGUGUUCCAGAUUCGCUGGAGACUUUUCAACCCUCUUACGCCUCAAGCAAGGGCAAGUGAGUAGGCUCAUUUUUUAAAACGAUGCCACCCGAAAUCGGAUUUCCAAUGACUUUGACAAGCGGUACAUUUGUCAACAAAAAGCGCAAUAAACAAACCAGCCAUGAAUUAAAGAACAAUCUUGAUAGCAGCUGUAUUUCAUUUUGUACAUCAAGAAGAAAAAGACAGUUUAAAACAUCACAAGAUGACACAAAACUCUGUCAGCUUCAGCUAUCAGUAAGCAAGUUUCCAGACGCUGCAUAAAUUUCCCACAUGAACUCAAUUGUCAAAUUUUGACUAAUCAGAACAUAAAAAUUGGACGUAGAGCGUGAUCAACGCGUGACAGUUAGAAAAGUCAAAGGCGAUUGCCCUCCCUGCGUGUGAAAACCGGUUGAAUUUUCGCGUCCGAGGUCAGUUCGAAAUCAAAAUUUAAAAAAGUGCGGCUCAUGAACACGACUUAUUUCAUAUGCAUUUUAAAAAAAAAUUGAACUUGAGCCUGGGAUCCAACGUUUACAACUAGCAGGAUCUUCGUCCACGGUUUUUGCAGUUAAUUUGAUCAUUUGAAAAGUAGCAACUUGUCAGCGGAUGACUUCAAAAAACACUCAAACCCAGUGGGACGAUACCUGAGCCCGCGAUACGGUCAGGCGAUACUGGUCAGCAGAACCACUAUUUUGACAGCUGUCAAUUAAUCAAAACAUGGAUGUACAAUAUCGGAUUGCAGGCUCCCAAACUAGCUAAAACGUGUGCGAUUAAACAUUGGUAUGCCUGUGGUGCCGACGGAUGGAAGGUCAAGUGGUCGGUGUACGAUCACGUGAUUGCCGAAUUUUCUAGGAUGGAUAGAUUUUCUGAGCUAUGGGGCUUCGAAUUGAGGCUGUGAUCAAAUAAAAUAUCAGUAGACAACUUUAAAAGCUACGUGACCUCAAUAGAUAGAAAAAUGAGCCCGCGAUACAGUCAGGUGAUGAUGGUCAGUGAAUACUCUAGUUUGACAGCUGUCAAUUAACCUUCAUUAGAAUGGUGAAUAUUCGAAUUAACAGACUACGAGAGUGAGUAAGACAUAGAUUGUAAGGGUGAGGUAGGGGAGACUACCAAAAGGGAGGGAGGGGGUGUCUUGGCAAGUCCACAUCUUGUGUAUUAGACAUUCAGAAAAUGGUCAAUUGACAGCUGUCAAAACAGGAUAGCCACUGACCAGUAUCACAUGACCAUAUCGCGGGCUCAUGUGUCAUGUCUCAUCGAGGUGAGGUGAUUUAUUUGGAAGCUGUCCGCUGACCCGUUAAUUGUUCAAUGUUCAAUCUCAUACUUUCUAGCUAGUUUAAGAGCACAGGAAAACUGAUAAUGCUCCAGGGGGCCCCCUGUAAUGCACACACAUUGGACAUCAAUGUUGUGAUCAAUUGAAAAACAGUACCCUGUGAAAACAGGGUACCAGUAUCACUUGGGCUCAGCUGUCGACCCAUCGAGGUCAAGUAUUUUUUUUGAAGUUAUCCGCUGGUUACUAGUUACUAGAUUUCAAAUGAUCGCAGGCUCAAGUUUAAUUUGUUUAAAAAUUCAUAUGAAAUAUGUUGUGUUUCUGUGGAGCACAAUUAAAAUUUUGAUUUUAAACUGACCUCGGACGCGAAAAUUCAGCUAGCUAUUACAGGCAGGGAAGACAGUUGCUUUUGAAUUUGCUCUCCAUGGUCACACGUUGGUCACGCUCUACGUCCAUUUCUGAUUGGUCAAAAUUUGAGUUCAUGCGGAAAAUUUAUGCAGCAUCUUGAAUCUUGUUUACCUUGACAGCUGAAGCUGAUAGAGCUUUGUGUCAACUUGUGACGUUUUUAACUGUCUUUUUCCUCCGUUUUUAACUAUGUUGAUGUACAAAAUGAAAUUCAGCAGCUAUCAGCAGUCUUCUGUUAUUCAUGGCUAGUUUGUUUAUUGGGUUUUUGGUUGAAAAUACGUCACUAGUCAAACUCGGAAAUCCGAUUUCGGAUGGCAUCGUUUUCGUCUUUCACCUUGCUUGACGCGUAAGCCGGUUGCAAAGUCUGACGCGGUACUGGCCUUACUUGAUACCUUUCAGGGCUGCAUCUCGAAUGGUAAGCCUGAUUAAUUAUUGUAUUUGAUGUUUUUUUUUUCUAUCUAAUUUAAUGAAGUCGAGCGUAGUUUAUGCGGCUAUUUAGUUUCUGCACGUUUGUAAGAUUUGAGACAAUGAUCUGACCGAGUAUCAGGUUUUAAAUAAGCUUACAGAACUUUAAAAAGCCUUUAGACAUUUUCUCACCGAAAAUAGAAAGAAAACGUUAGUCGUUUUCGUCGACAAAACAAAUAGCAAUAUCGCUCUCCGCGUGUUCCGCCAUUUUUUCCGCGUCAAUUCGUGAAGAACGCGUGGAUCUGAGCGUGGGUCAUCCACGCGGAACACAUUAGCGCCAUGUGAUUGGCUGUUGCCUAAUCCCCCUUGAUUACCAUGACGUUACUACCCAAAUAUGGGGUCUUACUUACACCCAAAUAUGGUCAAAAAUGCAAAUUUUAGAGGGUUAGGCAGAAUUUGAGAGUGUUUACCUACACUGCGCGGCGUUAUAAUUCUGCUGCCGAGUCAACCUCGCUUCUUAGCUCGGUUGCCUCGUUGGCAAUAAUUUAAAUCAAACAAUAAACUUGUAUUCCAGUUAACUUUAGAGCACAUGGAACAUUCAUGUGACUUUUGAGGGAAAGGCUAAGUGAUUUUAGAGAAAAAUUAUUUGCAAACAGCCCAAGAGUGAACAAAAUCUUACAUCUAGUUGAUAGCCUCGAUGGUUUUUGGCGCUUAAAUCUCGGUAUGUAUAUAAUAAAGUGGUGUGCGUACAAGUAACAAAUUGUAUAGUCGGGCUGACGAAUAAUUGUGCAGUGAAGAUAAAUGAAUUUGCAGUUAAAUUGUUUCCAGGUUUCUUUUCGCAAUUUUUCUUUAUUCAAUCUCUAUUCACGUACAUUGUGCCGUUUGCCAUAGCCGAAUUAGGUCAUAAAUGUGUUGAACCGGCAGCCACACUAAAAUGUGAACCCUUAAACAGCUGCAUCACUGUACUCAUCGUUGGAAUCAUGAAGAUAUUCAAAUGUUAUGCUUCUGAACGCCUUUAGCCGUAAUAGAAGACAACAAAAUUGUGAAGAACUAAAAUGGCGAUCUCAAAGUGCCCUUGUUUGAUCUUUACAGCAGCAAUGUCAUGUUUAAAUGUCAAAAUCUCAUUGGUUCCUAGCAAUCAACUCAUAGUACCUUCAACCUUAUUGGCCCCUGCAAGAAACAUCCAUACAUACGCUUAGACCACUGACAUAUGAGCUGGUUUUUUUUUUCAAAAUUGCUCAAAAAUGGACCAGCAGGAUUGACGAGAAAAUGAUAUGAUUAAUAUCUUUAUUAAUAUUCGUACCAGUAGACAUCGUUUUAUUCAUUCAUUUUAAUCACCUGUAAAUUAACGAGAGCUUUAGUCAACGGUACGAGUGUGAACUAUAAGAGGGCCUGAUAAUUAACCCGUACAGUGUAGGUACAAGAAAAAGGUGUUAGGAUCAUGAAUGCGUUUGUCUUUCUUUAUUUAAACUUAACUCGCAAUUGAUGGAACAAGGAAUUGAAGUGAAACUGCAUGCAUAUGUGUUAUUUGCCAGCCGAGAGGUCCGUAUAGUGUAUUUAAAUCUUUUUCCUACUCAUAAGAUUUUCAGGAAAAUUUUGCUUCAGCCUUAAACUUAUGUGCGUUUGUGUAUGUGUUGAUGUAGCGCGCUAUCGCCAAAACUAAAUUUCACAAGGUUUUUACAUGUAGUUAUCACAACAUGUAAUUAUUAUCCCAAAUCAAAGUUUCCUCAUUAUAAAGAAAGGUGUGUAUCUUGAUAGACAAACCAGUUAAUUCGUUCCUGUGUCAAACAAGUAUAAAAGAGUCAGCAUACUUGAGAAAAUUAAGUAUGUUAUUAUAUGAUCUAGCAGUGCUCUUCGUCCGUUUUAUAGUAAAGUGCAUCUCAAACAUACACACUAAUAGUAAUCACCAGUAAUCAUGGAACCUUCUGGAGCUUAAUUGAAAUUGCUUUUCGUUACAACUAUUGUAAUGAAUCGCAGCGCUGAACUAUUACAAUAAAAUGGCAAUGACUGCUUGUCUAAUUUCAGACGAUAAACUGCCAAUCAUUCUUGCUGUCGUCAUACCCAUUGUUGUGCUUGCUGUCUUUGCUGGAGUCUUUGCUUGGUGGCUGUGGAGGAGAAAUAAGGGCACGACGAUGGCCAACAGGGGUGAUUAUAUAAAGCUAUAUAACUUCAGAAAUUUGUUCGAGCCCUCUGUGUUCAAAGUGCAAAACAAGCAGUACAGGCGAAAUUUUGGGAAGCGUUUCGUACAAACCCCUACAUUUAUAAUGCAUACUGCAAUUUUAAACUGUUUCACACAAAUAACUUACAUUACUGGAAACAUCUAUGCAUAAUAAAUGUAUAGGGCUCUAGGGAUAGAUCACCAUAAUUUAAUUCCCUUCAUUCUUAAAGCACUGAAAGGUAAUUAUAGACUUCGCUGUAAUAAGUUGGUAAAUGUUAAGAAUAAAAUUUCUAGACUGUCAAACUAACAAAACCGUGAACAUCUGAAAUAUUUGAAAACUUUUUACUAUGAUGGUGACCAAUCACAGCAUGGAUCAGGACACACGAGCAAACCACAUCGCAGAGCCACAGGACACAGGAAGCCCAGGCUCUAUGGACGUUCGUUUGCAUUUCAAUUUUAUAGGAGAAUGUAUGAGAACAAACAAAAUAUGUCCUUAAUUCCGCUUUUUUAAUUUUUGAAAAGAUUCGAAAUAAAAUGGCUCAAGUUUUUGCUUUGUGUUUUACAGAUCAGUUCGCUCCUCGACUCAUCUAGAAGCCAUUUUGGCACGUUUUAGAUUUUUGAGUUGUACGUACCAUAGGAAAGAGAAACGUCCCUUACCAGAAUAAAGGGGAGGGUUAUUUAUUAUAACAGAGAUGUAUAGUAGUAGUACCAUAAGGGAAACGUAGGGUUCUUAUAAUUAUAAAACUAUUUUUUUGUCAAUUUGCCGGAAUGUUAUGGAGGACAUUUUGCUUAACAAAAAUACCGUUAAAAAUGUUAUUUUGCAAGAAAAACAGAACAAAAAAAAAAAAAGAAAAAGCCAAGUUGAUCUGUUGUGGCAAUUCAACGCCUGGCUGGACUUAUUGCAAAUUUUUAUCUUUAUGAUAUAAAUCCGACCUGACCGUUUUCUGAUAUCUUUAGCGACAGAAUCAAUGCUCGAACUUGAAAAGUAUUCCUCUCACCAAUAAAUAUCCAGUCGACCUACCUUAACUAACGGCGUUGUUACUUUAACACCCUGCUAAGUUUAACGUUUUAAUUCUCUUACAGGGAUAGCAAAAGGAGGAAGGUAAUCUCAUGUUUUGGUGGUAGCUUCAGUACUCGCAAUUAGUCCUUUGAUGUAUCCGACAAAAAUAAGUUAUUUGAAUAACUAGUACUGUUCCUGGCAUCGUUAUCGUCGAGCAAUGUUAAGUUAUUAAUAAUAAUAAUAAUAAAGUCUUUAUUCAUCAAGAGAUAAAAAUACAUAUCUUUUGUUACAAGUAAGUGUAAGAAAUUUAAAAAGUUAAAAAGUAAGAAAUAAAAAAUAUAUACCGGUAUAUAUAUCUAGUAUAUUACAUAGCUAAUUCAUAUUUAAAAACUAAACGAUUAAUAAAAGAGUUUUUAAAACGCAUAGUGUUAAUCUUAGGUUUAAAACUAGUUUCUUUUCUAAGAUUGUAGCUGGAGGGUUUAACACGAGGCAUAAUAGAUAAAAGUGGAUGUCCUUUGGCAUUAAAAACUUUUUUAAAAAUUUUACGGUCUUGCCUCUCUAAGAAAUCAUAAACACUUACAGGCUUAGACGUAUAUUUCCUUUUAAAACAGCGGUCUAAGAAACAUUGUACGGGUGUAAGAUCGGACUCGGACGCGGCGUAGACAGAUAAUGCGUAAUUAAUACUAGGUAGAACUAUAGUAUUAAAGAGAAGGUCUAUUUCUGACUGAUUGUACCCUUCUUUGCGCAGCGUUCUAAGGAUAUGUAGGGAUUUGUUAGCUUUAAUAAGUUCCAGAGACAAAGGAUUUAACAUUUAACGUUAAAUUACUUAGUUUUAAGAUGUGGACGCAACGUGGCCAAGUGGUUAGAGUACUGGACCGCCCUGACCGCUAGUUGUAUUUGUUCUCGGUAGUCCCGGGUGUGGUUCGUCGGUGUCGCAUGUGAAAAAGCCAACUGGUUUACCUUCUAUAAUUUUGGAAUUCUUAACAUCGUUAUGUUGCCUGUGAAUUAUUUGCUUAAUGCUGAUUAUCCCUUAAAACGACAAAACUGAAGCUAACUGUGAUCACUCAUUUAAACAAAGAGAGAGCGAACGUCGAGCUUGCAUGUGUGUACUCUAAUUUGCUGUCCUGUUGAACCAUUUCAGGUUGUAUGCUACUACAUGUGAAAAAACAGGAGAACUUGAUGUAUGUUUCAUGUCAAAUAGCUACGAAAAAUAACACAUCAUAGACCCAGUGCAAAAAUGGGUCAUGUAGCAGCUGCCCGGAAGAGAAGUCACCAAUGGUGCGUUUUCCUGACCCCAAAAAAACAGUAAAGCAAUUCGAAGAAUGACAGGUCAUUGUUUCCCGCGACCAAUCAGGAGAGACCUUAGGAGUUACCAGCAGCUCCUACACUAUCCUCAGAAAUGGCUGCUGGAUUAAUAUUCUUUUAUGUACAUUAAAAUUAGCCUAACUAGCCUCCCUUGAGAUAAAGUAUUCUUUGGAAAUUUUCACUUAAGAACAAGGCUAGUAAGGCCAAUUUGAAUAUAAACAAAAGAAUAUGAAACUAAUGUGGCCAAUUUUGCAUUGGGUCUAAAAAGUGUCAGUUAUUUUCGACAUUGUUUCCCGUCAUUUCAAUGCAGUAUAUGCACGUUUUUGAUAAAAAUGGCUAGAUAUCAGCCAAGUUUCCGUUUCUACAGGAAAACGUUUCUUGAAGGGCCUGUAAUCCUAAAAGUAGUAUAGUAGGAAUGUGUAACUCCGUUCUUUGGGAGGUAAAUUGGAAAAACAGAAAAACGCUAAGAUAUCAUUGGCGUUAGCGUAUCAUUCCUCAAAGUUGUAAACUUUCCCCUCCAAAAACGCAGAAACCAUUCCUACUCCUGAGAUGGACAGAUCUGGAUGCUGGCGAUAUAGUAAAGUAUAAUUAGGUUCUCUAGACUAAGUCAGGUUAAUUGAAAGAGACCGUCCUUUUUCAUUAAGUUAUUUAUUCACUUGAAUGUCGUGUAGACAACAACCGUAUGAUGAUAAAUCUAAAGUCAACUGUCGUUUUGCAGCGUUUAUUUUAGAUUUGUUGAACCGGGGCGACUUAAAAAAGCUUAAAAAAAUCUUCGCAAUAAGAGAACGCAAACAACAAAUUCCUAAAUAAUUCGCCUUGACUGGUAUCCUGAUAAAAAGAUAAGUCUUAGAAUUUCUCCUUCAUUUAUGACCACGAUAAACAUUCUAGACAAGAAGAGUUGCGAUUUCAGUUGUUUCCCUUUAGAAUUUUAAAUGUUAUGGAUGCAUUUGCGGGGUUUGUGCUAAUCACUGAACAAGCCAGAGUUUCUCUCGUCUACCCCCCCCCGAACAAAUCGUACGCUUCUUUGGUGCCAAGAACAUAUGCCUAGCAAGUACUAUGGAUUCCACGAUGUGGCGCGUCUCUUUACAGUGUUUUACGGAUGACGUCGAAGUGUUGUUAAAUGGAGGUACCUGAUAAAAACGUUAAAAACGUCGCAAUAAAUAAAAUGUGACCAUAAUCGUGAGGCAAAUCUAACGCGAGCGUAUCAGUGUAAUAUAUCUGUACAAAAAUUAGAGUUGAAAAGAUAACUAGGUUUGUCGGUUCUGUUCUGGUUAUCGUUUUACAGUUGUUCCUUUGCUUGAUAUUUGGUUCUUUUUUUGUUUUAGUCCUGUUUAAUUUUCGCGUUAGGGAAGCCAAAAGAAUGGUACGAUUCUCAUAAAACGUGGAUAUCGACAAAAAAGUAAACAGUCAAGUUUAAGUGGUCUUUUCUCGUUUAUCUAAGGCUGCAGUGCAAGUGGAUAAUCGUGAACCAGAACAAAUUUCCAUGAGACAAAUGACUUCAGAGGUUUCGUCUGGACAUUAUAUGCCACUGGUUAAGGCACGCCAAUCAUCUGGCUCACCGGAAGUCAUUCCGUCAGUUGACGCUUCAUCAUUAAGCCAUUAUGAACCUUUAAACCCGUCAUCAAUUUCUCACGAAAUUCUUCGCCAGAACGUGAUUAUUGAGAGGAUAAUUGGCAAAGGUGCUUUUGGUCAGGUUGCCAGGGGAAAGGUUAAAGGCCUACGUGAAAGACAACAUGUCACACAGGUGGCUGUCAAAAUGUUAAAAGGUACAACAUAACUUGAUUGAUCAAUGUGUAACUAAUAGUGUAAGAAUAGGCUAACUGAAAAAUAAAGGAAUGUAACAGAAACGAUUGACAAUGAAAACGCUCGUUACCUCACCUUUCAGCUGACGCGCCGGACUCCGACAGGAAGGAUUUGUUAUCAGAGCUUGAAGUGAUGAAGACGUUAAAGCCUCAUCCGUACGUCAUCAAACUACUUGGAUGCGUCACCGAAUCUGGUAGGCGAUUGUCUUUAGAUACCAACUAUUAUGUUGCAAUUAAAGGGUCAGUCGAGUCAUUUCAAUUGUACCUUUUUCAGUCUGAGUUAAGUCUCUUUGCCCGUGAAUGACUAAAUGAAUACGUCGUUUUCUACUCAGAGCCCUUGCUAGUCUUGAUCGAGUACGUUCCGUACGGGGAUCUUCUGGGUUACCUGAGAAAGAGCCGUGGAUUAAAUGACACUUAUUUCAAAGACCCAGAUAUCAAACCACAAACAAGUCUGACGUCACAAAAUUUGAUGAAGUUUUCUUGGCAAGUUGCUGAUGGAAUGAGUUACCUCUCAUCCAGAUCUGUAAGCUGAAAUAUUUUACUAUUGUGUAUUCAAAUAAGUCUGGUGCAGACUGCCUACAUUGUGCAAACCAAAAUUAUGCAGUUAAGAACACACUCAAUUCCCCUCACUUUAAUUUCCGCCACUUUUUGCUUUAAUUUGCGUUUUGAUAUACCUACUACACAAUGGUAGACUGCAAAACAGUCGGGUUUUUUUCUCAAAAUCAGUAAAGAAAUCGGUAAAGAGUGUUGCGUGCGCGAAGCGCACGAGCCUCACCCGCCCGUAGGGCGUGUGAGGCCAGAGAAAAAAAACCGACUGUCCGUUUUCCAUACAAUGAGUUCGUUCCGACCAGGGGGUUCAAAAAUGUCGUUGAGUUGUCAAAAAUCUGUUCACUACUCCGCCCUCUUUGUGAAUUUGAUACACUCGGUGAUUGAUUUCGAGGGAGAAUAGCGCGUGUUAUAGUCCGCACUUGGCUUCAAAUCUUGACGCUGUAAUCCAGUAAUUCUAAAGCAGUUUUUAGCGUUGCUUCUCUGUGAAAUGUAGUGUACAUAGUGAAAUGUAGUAUAUAUAGUGGAGGAUCAAAAAUGUGUGGAAGUGGCAGUACGACAACAAAGCCUGUGCCUGCUCCUCGAAGAGGGAGAAAGCUGAAAGAGCCGAGCACUUCGGUUACAAAUUGUAGAAUGUGCGGCUGUUGUUUUGGGUCGACCGACUGAAAAACGAACUUUUCGUUGUCCUCCAGGAAGGAGAAUCUUUCUCCACAAGAGUUUGCUCUCCGUGUGGAACAAAGGUUAGAAACUGCCCCGGGAAACUGCACGGCGAUGCUUUCGCAAAUUAGAAGAACUGAACACGCCAACUGACAAUGAACAAUUAUUGCGAUUGAAAAGAAUGAGUAAAUCCCCUCAUUCCAAUCCACGUCUUGGUGAUUUAGCUCUGUAAAUCACUAUCUGUGAGAAUUUAAAAUCCUGCUAAAAAAGCUAACGAGCUGGGCCCAGUGUGACAAAACAUUGCAGGAAAAAGUCACAUUCACGGACACAAAUAAAAUCGCUUAAAAUUAUUCAAAUCCAGGAGGCACUUUAGAGAAAUAAACCAACCUAAAACCCUUAAUCAGCCGCAAAGAAGAACUUUACAUUUCUAAAGGAGCCAAGAAAGAAAAUGCUCUUGCAUCAAAGGGCAAAUCAUGCCGACCAGAGAAAAUCAAUAUGCGUGUCACAACCUCUCAGUAUGAAAUAUAUUUAAUAAGGGGCCAAAAUUCACAUUUGCUCAGUCAAAACGUUUUCCUCCAAAGCAUAAUCUACUCUCGACAGAGAAAACAAUUCAUUGGACCAAGCAGCAUUUUUGCAUGAGGUAAAAGUCGUGUGAUUCCUACCGAUCCCCCUUUUUUAGCCACGGAACUUUUUUUUUGCAUGAACAAACAUCUGAUAAAUAAGGCUUUUGUCAAAUCCUGUUCUUAGAACACAGAAAACAUCCUUUCCCCUGAGCAGCAACUCCAAAGCUUCCCUCUGCUCCGAUUUUAAAACAAAUCCCAAUUCUUGGGAGCAAAUCCAGGCAUCAAAAUCCGUCAUUUUACAGCGAAAGCUUUAGGAAUUCAUCACGGUAGGGAAUAUCGCGAAUGAAUUGUUGAAAACAUUACUUGGCAGCUUGGUGACUGCUUGCAUCGAAAUUUAGCCAAUGGGAAUUGCCCGUGGCUGGGAGAAGCAAGUAAUUCGAACGAAUAUAACGUAUGCAAAACGGACAGUCCGUAUUUUUAGCGUCUCUCCCCAGUCUCGCUCACUGUUUUCAGCCUCGUUCUAGACCUUUUGUUCGACUGCUUGCUCGUACUUGAAUACGCAAAAAUACGGACUGUUUUGCAGUCUACACAAUGGCGAUUUCAUAAAAUGUACGUGCGGCUGGGCUGGUGUGAAUUAGGACGUUCAGACGUGAAACUGACAGAGCUCUUGCUCUUCUAUCCUGUUGGUGACUUGCAAGGUUUCAAGCUAGUUUGAAAUCAAAUGUCACAUUGCAGAUUAUUCAUCGAGACCUUGCCGCUCGAAAUGUUCUGGUUGGAGAAAAUGAAACUUGUAAAGUGACUGACUUUGGAAUGGCGAGAGAUGUGCAACAGGAAAACGUUUAUGAAAGGAAAACUAAGGUAUGUAUUGUAUUGGAAACUGACGUAGAGUAUAGGACUGGCAUGCAAUCCUUUGUCGUUAACUGGAGGAAAACACGUCAGGCUUUGUUUAUUAUGUCGCUCCUUUCUUGGUUUCAUGCUUUAAGAGUUGCUCCCAAAACUGUAGCCCAGGAAGUUACGGCCUUGUGUGUAAAGUUGGUAAAACAUUUGACAAGUCUAACAAAGCAUAAGAGACUAUUUUGCCGGUCACCAAAACGUGGGAUUAGAUUACAUAUUUAAGGUGAUUAUGGUUGUCUGAGUGUGGUAAUAUAAAGAUGUCUUUUGCCAGGCAUAAUUUUUUAAUUCACCUGCAUAUAAAAGAAGAUUACUAAUUUUAUACUUGAAAAGAAGUCUUAGAGAACGGCUAAGUGAAACUUUCUUCGGUUUUGUCCUUCCACACUAAGACAGGAAGGAAGUGUAAAAAUAGAAAGUUGCGUGUAAACGAAGCCUGAGUUUCAUUUUUGCAGUAACGAUUAUUUUAAAAUUUUAAGAUGGCCUUUUGAUCUUAUAUUUCGGCGUAUAUUUUUCUAACGACUGUCUUUUUCGCUAAGAUGCAGGGAAACAAGGUAGUACAUUGAUUUUUCAUUAUCUUCCACUUUCGCCUACUUUUCGGCAACUCGCUAUUCCAUGUCUUAUGGUCAUUUACUUUGUUGAUAUGUAGGGUCGUCUACCAGUGAAUUUGACCGCAUAUGAAGCUCUGCUCUACGGACGAUACACCACCAAGAGCGACGUGUAAGAAAACUAUCUAUAUAUGCAUUAAUAAGUUGAUAUUUGCAGAACAGCAGUUCCUCAUCGCGUCACGUGAGAAGAAGGAAGCAUGCAAGACGAUUAAUGUCACUGGGUUAACCAGCGUUACUGACGCCAAUGCUAUCCCUCCCCCAUCUCUAAACUAAAGGUAGAAAGUGUGUAUUAAAAAACCGCAUAAACUUUUUAUUUUUAUUUGUUUAAAAUGUAACCGCAGAUAUGUCACUUUUUGGUCUCAUAGGUGGAGCUAUGGAGUCUUGCUUUACGAGAUAUUUACAAUUGGUAAGGUCAGGAGCCCAUCAAAUGUAGCCUCCAUCUCCAUUAAUUUACUGAGUCAACCCUUUCCCGAGUAGAUUUACAAAUAGAAUGGCUUGUUUCCCGCGAAAAGUGUCAUAUUUCCGUGAGUCUCGUAUAUCACCGUGAAAAAAAAUGAAGUUGGAUGAAGUCGAACUCAGAAGCCCGUCCUUCGACCGUUUUCCUUUUUUACUCUACGUCCAUUUUUAUAAUUUUACUGCGGCAGGGAUCUGGGUACCAUGAAAUAAAAGUUAAUGAAUUACCCGACUGAGACUGAGCAUGAAGCGAUGGGACACAGGCAGCGAACUGAGGAUCACGGAAAGGUUAUCUUUGCGAGUGUUUCUCUUUUUUUGCCGUCAUGAAUCCCACAUUUAAGCAUGCACCUUGAAAGAGUCGACGAUUAAGCGUUCUGUGGACGAUUUGGAACUUUUCGAUGAUCAGCGCCGAAAAAGUGCCAGGAUCAUUUGAUUUUUGUCAUCACCGUGGAGUGGAUUUCGCCAGUUAAGAACCGCGUGCAAAAGCGAUGACCUAAGUAGCAACUAAUGAGGAAUGCUUCAGUUCCGAAAUUUGAGAAAUUGCAGUCUUCCUUUACAACUGACUCGUAUCACCAUGAGAUACUGGUGGUUCGCGGCGAAGCCGCGUCAACGAGGCGCGAAGCGCAAGGAGAAAAAAAAUAACUUCUGGUCACAGGAGCUACGAAUCUCAUUUCCAUGUAAUUUUAGGAUCAUAUAUCUCAUCAAACCGGUUUGGAGGUGAUGUUCAUGUUUGUUUUCAUUGACGCUGACAGCUGAAAUCGUACGUGACUCUGCGUCUGCGAUGCAUGAAAAAAGAAUUGCACAAAAGCUUACUUAGAAAGGAAAGUGCUAUUAAAAAUUGUCACAAAUUCUUUAUCCAAAAAAAUACACUUCAAGUUUAAAGUAUAUAAAAAGGACGGAAGUCAGCUGAGAAGUACACAUGUUUACUAUGUUUUUAGAAGUCAACAGGAUUAAAAAGAAUUUCCGUUCCGUACCAGGUCAGACUAAAUAUUGCCAGGCAAAACGGCUAUGUCAAACAAAACAUCAUUCUGCAGCAUUUUUUAGCAAAUAAAUCGCGCCACGAAUUAUUAGGAAUUUGGAAAAAAAGAGAAACGUUUUUGCACCCGGGGUACUAUCCGUGAGAAAUUAGAACUGAGCCCAGCAAGGCAAAGCAUAGCAGGAAAACAUCACAUUCAUUCAAAGUACGUCCUUUGGUAGGAAAAAUUUAAACAAAGCUUCUUCCUCGAGCAACGUUGAUUCAGUUGUCGGAUGUUCGCUUAAAUUAUUUCCACGUUUAGCAAAAGUAAACGUGAAAACCGAGAUCUCCGAAUUACGACCCGGGAUUAAAUUGUUUGUUAUGAAUAUUGCAAUUGCAACCGGUUUUUAAUCUCAUGCGGUGACGUUUUUCGAUGCAGCCAAUCAGUUUCACUGUUACAGCGUUAAUUCCCUGCGGACGUGGGAGUAACCAAUCGGCGACCCAAUUCAAAUUCUGAACUGAUACCUCACAUGGAAAUGAGGUUCCUUGCUUGGGUGACCAGAGUUCCGUCUCGGGAGCCUUAUCAAACCGUAAGCACGGUUUAUUUCCUACUAGGUAUUAUGAGAACGGACCACUGGAGCCAGGGUAUUCAGCCACAAGAAAACCUCAAGAUUCAAUUUGAGGAAAAUUAUUUUGUUCUAGGUCUCCUAGCGAGAGAUAUUGCCAAUCAUUCAUUCGAACACACCUUUGAUCCAGGGCUUAAACCUCUUGAGUGAAAGAUUGAUUAGUUGAGAAGCCUUUUUAGAUUAACUUCUCGUCGAAAUGUCGUCGCUACAGUGCGAAAGUUCGCGGCGGAUAAAUUAAUACUGUCACCUUAUCACAGUAAGAACUUACACCAUGACUUAAAUUGACGGCCUUUUGUAGUUCCUCUGGUGCCAAAAUGAGACAGAUAAAGAGGCGAGUGUGUAAAUAAUAUGUCCUUACAGCCACAGUUAGCUCCUUCCAUUUUGAGUAAAAACAGCAACAAAGACAACAACAAAUUUUGGGAGAACUCAUGCCUUGUUAUAAAGUAUUGUAACAGCUGGUCACUUUCUCCUUUUUAGGGGGUUCUCCAUAUCCACGAAUGGAUGGCAGGAAGAUUGUAAGCUUACUUCAGGACGGAUACAGGAUGCCUAAACCACAACAUGUUGAUGAUGAACUGUAA